CCUACCUGCCAGUAAAAUAGAGCAUUCAAGAGCAGGAGCAGGCAACUAACUGCACUUGCAUCACAACCACACGGUCGUGGACGGAGGAAUGGGGGGGGUAUCCAGCUAGUUAGAUUUCCGAGAAUAAGGAAAAGCUCACUACAAUCAACCAAUUAAGAUGGUGUCGUGGAUUAUCUCCAGGAUGGUAGUCCUGGCCUUCGGGACCCUCUACCCGGCCUACUCUUCAUACAAGGCUGUCAAGACGAAGAAUGUGAAGGAAUAUGUGAAAUGGAUGAUGUACUGGAUAGUAUUUGCGUUAUUCACCACAGUGGAGACCCUCACCGACUUGUUCAUGUCCUGGUUUCCUUUCUACUUUGAGUUGAAGAUAGCCUUUGUGAUCUGGCUCCUGUCUCCGUACACUAAGGGCUCCAGCGUGCUCUACCGCAAGUUCGUCCACCCCACCUUGUCCAACAAGGAGAAGGAAAUAGACGAGUACAUCACCCAGGCCAAAGACCGUAGUUAUGAGACUAUGAUGAGGUUUGGAAAGAGGGGGCUGAACUUGGCUGCUACGGCCGCCGUCACUGCAGCUAGCAAGGGCCAGGGCGUGUUGUCGGAGAAGCUGCGUAGUUUCAGCAUGCAGGACCUGACUCUGAUCAACGAUGGGGAGGAGCUGGGCCUGCGUUCCUCUGACCCGCGCAUGAGGAGAGACGCCAUGGACGACAUGGUUACUGGAAGUAGCACGCUAUCUAACACACUGCCCCGCGCCAAAGCCACACGCCAGACUCGUUCCUCCAUGGUUCCUCUUCUUGACGAAUCAUCGCAGCACAGCUCGGACCAAUCAGACACCAGGAGCAUCACCACGGAGCAUUCUGACGAGGACUACGUGGAGAAGGCCCCCGUGAAACGCACGGCCAGCGUCAGGGCAACCAAAAAACCUGCCGCUGCCAAGACCGAGACUACUACUACUACUACUACUACUAAGACGGUGAAAAAGAUGCCAAAGAAGAAGACUACCACUACAGCUAUAGCCAGCAACAACGGCGAGUCACAAUGAGACCUGUAUCUGCUGUCCCGAUCUACACCCUACUGUACGCUACCACACACACACACACACACACACACACACACACACACACAGCCAAGGACCUCUGGACAGUCACUCUUGCCUGUUAAGCGCCACUCACAGGUUUAGUUCUACUAUAUAUGCCCAGCUUCAUUUCAACUCACAGGUUUAGUUCUAAUAUAUAUAUGGUCAGCUUCAUGUCAACAGCACUUUUUAUUUAACCUGCUGCUUACAUUUUAGGCUGUAUAGUCAUUGACAUCAGUGUAUGUAAGUGCAUGUUUUGUUUGAGGUAAUGGCAGUGAUGGCCUGUUAACUGAACUGAAAAUGUGUUGCUUCCUUCCUCCUGUACUGUUUACAGCCUUCUCUGUGUUGUCUAUCCAAAGCCUCACACGGGAUUGACUUUACUUAAUCCUCUUGGGGCCUUUGGGAGCAUAGGGCAUCCACCCUGGCUCUUCCACUCACCCACUGUGCGAGGGCUUUUGCGUCUUGCCAGGAGAUUCCUGCUGGAUUAUUGGAGACGCAUUUUUUCUCAGGAUCAGCUUAACCUACCUGAGUCCUUAUGUUAUCCAGAGUGAAGGGAAAUGCUAAACUGGCCUUAGAUCAGUGUUUUAAGGGCAACAUACUAAUUGGAAUGCUAUCUUCUCUCUAUUGGAAGGUAGUUUGAGGCUGCCAUGUAGGGGAAGGUACUAUAGCGGACUAGGCAUGUCUGGAAGAGAAAGCAGGGAGGCCAGGGAAGAGAGGAGAGAGGGAGGGGUGCUAAAGAGUUGUGGACCGGACAGACUAGCUCUGCUCAACAUGUCCCUACUACAGAGAUCAGUCUCACCGCUGUCUGUAGAAGUCUAUAGGGCCAGGCCCCUAUCCCCUUUGGGAAGUCUGUCUGUACAUGGAGGCGGUGUUGUCGUCUCUGGAGAACGGAGGACAUUCUGGGAGCACUUAGGUCUCUAACUGUGUUAAGCCCAUGCCAAGGUUUCUCAUAUCAUUCACUCUGCUGUUGUGGAGCAGUAGUGCCCAUCGACUGAUAAACACUGGGUCACACGCUGGCAGAGCGAUGAACAGAUCGGUGUGUGUGUACCCCCCUCUCUGUUCCUCUCCCUCUGAACAACUCCACCCAUCCUCACUCUGUGCAGAACAGAAAGUCCAGCAGAAAGACCCACAAAUUCAGGCUUCGUUACCUUUUUUGUGUGUGUUGUGUCUCUGCAUUGGUGUGUGUGUGUAUUUUUGGAACGUGACCACACUUCUGUUUUCCCCCUCUGUUGACCCAACUGCAUAGAGCCAGAAUGACAUUUAGCAUUCACUUAUCACAUAAACAUAUAUUUGAUUUCAUUUAACUCAGUACAACCACGUGUUGAUAAUGCGUUUAAAAUCAUUGAGGAUGACAGUUAAUGGUCCUAUUAAAUGACUCGCAUGUACAGACAGGACAUAGUAGACCUAUGCUACACAGUAGACCUAGCCUACUAGGCAUACUUGGGUUAAAGAUAAAAUGUAUUCUUUUUUUUAUUACUUGUAUAGCGCUUUUCAAAGCGCAUAAAAAGUGAAACAUUGAAAUUAUGGAGAUUGAAAAUCUGCUGUUUUUGGGGUGAAGUUGAGGCAAUUUGAGCUGGAAAGUCAUUGUAGGUUUAGAGGAGAGGGCAUCGACGGGACAGCCAAGGGGAAACAAAGAGAGUCUGAAAAAACGGGCUCAGAGCUCUACAACAGCACACCACCUGCUUUUCUGAAUGGUCAGUCACUCUAUUGGAGUCAGGGAUUUAGCGCCCACCUGGGUGAGGCCACGGCUGCUGAAAAGCCACUACAUCUUGACAGUGGUUAGGAGCGUUCCCUGAACAGUCCCUGAAUUUCCUCUGCUACCUCUGGCUACAGAAUGCAGUUCUUGCUGUAAUACUUCCAAACGGAUUAAACAAAAAGCCUGAUUAUUUUGAAUCCAGACAAACCGCUAGCAAUUAAGCCAAAAGAUAGACUUUUCAUCACAAUCCUGCAACUCUGAGAGUCAAGACCACAGGAUAUAGAGCAGUCAAAACCCACAAAAUAAAUACAAAUAUUUAGAGCUCUUUGCCUCGGCUACGUUAUGAUGCCAUGGCAACCACAGAACCAAUAAGCAUAAUCAUCAUAAUAUUAUAACCAUCAAUAACAUCAAUGUCUUACACUGCAGCGCUUAGCCUAGCUAUACUGUACUCUCCUGUGUCUGAUAACCAAACAUUUUAAUUGAAUUGUGUUAGACUUGUGCUUUUAGGGUUAUUUUUGUUUACUCUAAAUUGGCGGACACACGGGACGUGGUGGUGUUGUACCCUAUUAGGAAGACCUUCAGGCUGUCUGGCUCUUACCUGGGUGAGCACCCCAGUCUGACUAGUGAAAUGUCUGAGGGAUCAACUACUAUCAUAGUCCUAAAUUGUCACACUAGGUGUUGUCAACUAUUGUAGACUAUAUGACUUAUGUCACACACUACGUAUAUUCCUGACUAGGUUAGUUAUCCAUGACUGAUAUCUCUACUUCAGGGCCCGUAUCCACAAAUCGUCUCCGAGUAGGAGUGCUGAUCUAGGAUCGGGCCCCUACCUGUCCGUAUAAUCUUAUCAAGGAAUCAAAUCUGAAGGGCCUAGAUCAGCACUCCCACACUGAGACGCUGACGCUUUAAGGACACGGGGGCCCAGAUGUCUGUUAAUCUAGGGUCUCGAUCAUAUAUCAUUGUUUCUCUGAACCAUAAGGAGAGCAGCUAAACUAGCAUAUCCUCGUCACCUGUCCUCUGACAGUAGCCACCUCAAACAUGGUGGAAACUGGCUUACCCUGUUAGAUAGAUGGAAGGAUACUGUGGAUAAAUGAUCUUCCAAUUGUGUCUAAAGCUGUUAAAACGAUGUGCCCUGCUAGUGUUUUACUUAAAAGAUAUAUAUAUAUAUACACACAUAGCAUACAAGGUGGGUUUUUGGACAAGUGUUCUUUAGGGCAUCUAAUCAAUGCCCUUUAAACUAUUGCCUUGUCUGAAAUCUGUCCCUACCCUCAGACACCUUGUCAAUCUCCCCUAGAUACUGGGAUAGAGUGUAAAGGAUUGCAUGGGAUUAGCUAAAGAAACUGUGAUAAGAGCGCCACCUAGCUUCCUUGUAGGUUAGGUUGAGUUUCCACCAUGUUGUGCUUUGUCUUACACCUAUCUGAUCCUCUCAUAAUCUAGGAGUGUGUUGGGUUAAUUGGAAUGUAAAGGAGUUGAUUUUUGGACUGGGUGUGCUUUAAGGGGGCCUUUUUGCUUUGUGCAGGUUUUAUUUGGAGUUCCCUUUAAUGAGUCUAAAUUGAAAGCAUGAGACUACUGCACUUGUGUGUUGCUGCUGUCUGCAGUGUGACACUGAUUUGAACCAGUAGUGGGAGACAUACUCCAACUGUUUUAGAGAUACUGUUUGAAGUUACCUACAUGUACACACUAUGUAAAAGUAAUUUUCUGAUUGUAUAAAAUAGCUUGCUUGCCUUACUCUUAAUGAAUACAUAGGUUUUUCUUCUUUUGUUGCUUUUUAAGACUUGAUUUGUAUUCUUUUGGGGUUUUAAAAUUAAAUCAUAUUGGAUUUCCUUAAGAGGAGGCACCUCAACCUCUCUGUAAAGCCUUAUGCUGUGAAGAGUGCUACUUGUGUUUUUUUUAAUCUCUUCUCGAUUUUUCUGUCUCAAGAAGAGGCAUUUUAAUUGGUCAGUGAACUACCAAUAACAGUUGAUUUCCUUGUCCCAGUCCUGUAGGAAUUUGCUCAGAGAAUGGGAAUUUCUCAGUCUGGUAUUCUGAAAAUGUUGUGUUUUGGUAACGUCCAAACUGAAGUCAUGGAGCCCCAAGCUUUCUUUUACAGUGUCUGCUCCCCCCUUUCUGUCAGGCUGGCUGCAUAUUCCACGAAGGCAAUUCGAUUGUGUCCUUUUUUCCUAUUCUGUUUUAAUUUGCUACAGUUUGCACUGAAGAAAAGAUGGCACACCCUAUUGAACGCUUUCUAGUUGUCAUGACAACAUUACUUGACAUUUUAAUGUUCAUUUCAUUUUUUUGAUAUUUAUUUUUGGAAUCAGUAAUCAAUAAUCAGUAUUAUUGUGUACAGGAAGUCUCAUUGUGAGAAUAUUCUGGAUAUUAAUAUUGUUUGUGCCAACUAUCAAUACUAUCAAUACUGUAAUUAAGGAUGACAGUCAUGUACCAAUAACUGCUACUAAUAAAGAAAACAUAUUACACUCCUUA